CCCUUUUCUCUUCCCCGUCUUCUCUCAGCCACAUCUCUCUUAUCCUGUCUUGGUGAAGAAGCUUGCUUGGCUAGGAGAGAGGUCAGGGACGAGAAGAUAGUGACGAGAAAGUUCCAUGAGACUCUCAGAAGUCCCAGCCUGAACAUCAAACCUGAAUAACCAGGAGAGACGUAACCUCGGCAUACUUUCAGUGGUUUACCUCCUGCCCACACUGCAGGUUUUUCAGGUCCUUGCUCGAGUGUGCGCUCACAGGCGUAAAUAAACGUGCUAUCAGCAGCCUGCGUCAGCCAGCCCAGCUAUUUAAGCAGGCUGGCAUCAGCAAACACAGCUUCCAAACCCAGGGCUUGCGCUUGCCUUUGCCUCUUCCACACUGAUGACAGACUGCCCCACUGAGAAGGGUCUAGCGGAGCACAGGUCACCAGCUGGGCAACAUUCAGAAAGUUAGUCUUCCUAUGCUCAUUUUCCUGGGCUGUUACAGAAGAAGACUGGAAGAGCGCGCAGGGACCAUGUCGGCGGAGACCGCGAGCGGCCCCACGGAGGACCAGGUGGAAAUCCUGGAGUACAACUUCAACAAGGUCGACAAGCACCCGGAUUCCACCACGCUGUGCCUCAUCGCGGCCGAGGCCGGCCUUUCCGAGGAGGAGACCCAGAAAUGGUUUAAGCAGCGCCUGGCAAAGUGGCGGCGCUCAGAAGGCCUGCCCUCAGAGUGCAGAUCCGUCACAGACUAAGGAGAUGGCAGGCAUUGACAGCUUCACUCCAUGAAGACCAUCUCUGUUUCUCUCCUCUGCUUAACCAAGCUGUUGUGGUUUUUCAGCAUAGUGUUGUAUGUUCCAUUGCUAGCUGUCCUGCUGUUUAACACAGUGUUGUAUUUUUUUUCUAAAUGUACAUAAUUAGAAAAGAAAAUAACAAUAGGAAGCUAUGUGUAUCUUCUGUGUAAAGCAGUGGCUUCACUGGAAAAAUGGUGAGGCUAGCAUUUCCCUUUGAGUCAUGAUGACAGAUGGUGUGAAAACCAUCUAAGUUUGCUUUUGACCAUCACCUCCCAGUAGCAAUUUGCUUUCAUAAUCCAUUUAGCAAUCCAGGCCUCUGUUGAAAAGAUAAUAUGAGGGAGAAGGGAACACAUUUCCUUCUGAACUUACUUCCCUAAGUCACUUUCCUUAUGUAUCAUCUAAUACAAUGAUGGUUGAGUGAAAAUACAGAAGGGGUGUUUGAGUAUUCAGAUUUCAUAAAACACUUCCUUGGAAUAUAGCUGCAUUAACUUGGAAAGAAGCCUGUUGGGCCAGAAGACAGAAACUCCAACUGGCAAAAAAGCAAGCAUCUAAGAAAAAAAACCACCAAAGUUCUUGAAUUUACUAUAUUUAAAUGCAUUGGUUAAGUUUAUUUUGCUAAAUAAAGUGAACUGCUUUUUGUCUCUAAAAUGAUAUUCUAAAUAAAACCUUAACUUUUUGUUGAA